CCGGAAGCAGUCGCUGCAACUUCCGGGGGGACUUUUACGCCUGGUGCGAGAGCUCAGGGGCCCGGAUACUGUGCUUGAAGUAGUAGGUGCACCAAAAUGUCCCGUGGAUCCAGCGCCGAUUUUGACCGCCACAUUACCAUUUUUUCACCCGAAGGUCGGCUCUACCAAGUAGAAUAUGCUUUUAAAGCUAUUAACCAAGGUGGCCUUACGUCAGUAGCUGUCAGAGGGAAAGAUUGUGCAGUAAUUGUCACACAGAAGAAAGUACCUGAUAAAUUAUUGGAUUCCAGCACAGUGACUCACUUAUUCAAGAUAACAGAAAACAUUGGCUCUGUGAUGACAAGAAUGACAGCUGACAGCAGAUCCCAGGUACAGAGGGCACGCUAUGAGGCAGCUAAUUGGAAAUACAAGUAUGGCUAUGAGAUUCCCGUGGACAUGCUGUGUAAAAGAAUUGCUGACAUUUCUCAGGUCUACACACAGAAUGCUGAAAUGAGGCCUCUUGGUUGUUGUGUGAUUUUAAUUGGUAUAGAUGAAGAACAAGGCCCUCAGGUGUACAAGUGUGAUCCUGCGGGUUACUACUGUGGGUUUAAAGCCACUGCAGCAGGAGUUAAACAAACUGAGUCAACCAGCUUCCUUGAAAAAAAAGUGAAGAAGAAAUUUGAUUGGACAUUUGAACAGACAGUGGAAACUGCGAUUACAUGCCUGUCUACUGUUCUGUCAAUUAAUUUCAAACCUUCAGAAAUAGAAGUUGGAGUAGUUACAGUUGAAAAUCCUAAAUUCAGGAUUCUUACAGAAGCAGAGAUUGAUGCUCACCUUGUUGCUCUAGCAGAGAGAGAUUAAGCAUUAUUAGUUUACCAAAUCUGUGAUGCCACCUGUCUACGUGUUUGGAACCAACAGACCAACAUUGUGGAGGCCCUUGGACUGAGAAAGGAACCUCUCCCAAUCCUCCUCCUGCUAGGAGUGGUUAGGGAUCACUAUCACUUGCUGGAUAAAUAAAAGCAAUCCUUUUGGAA